AUGUUCCUUGAUCUCGCGAGCGCCUACUAUGGGGUUGUUCGUGAGACGGUGCUGGGUUCAGGGUUGUCGGGGCGCUCUGUGGAAUCUAUUGCUGAGUCUCUCGGUCUGACGACUGAAGACCUGCAGCUGUUGCGGCACCACGUUGCUGCCGAGCCCAUUUUACAGACCCAGGAUGCGGUUCCCCUCCUGGAGGAGCUGGCGCGUGAAAUGCAUUCUUCCACAUGGUUCCUGCUUGCACAGGACGACAACUUGGUCCACACUCACAGAGGCACACGACCAGGUGGUGCACUUGCGGAUGUACUGUUCAAUAUCUUGUUUGCGAAGGUGUUGAAGCGCCGCGACCCAGCUGCCUUCCGCAAUACCGUGCCGGUGUUUCCAUGGGACGGCUUGCGGGCUCCGCUUGGCCUCAAUGACCAGGGUCUCGGGACACCCCAGCCACUCGGAGAUGUCGUGUACGCAGACGACUUGGCCACCUUUGUGCUUUGCCGUUCUGCUUCCUCCAUGCGAUCGGCUUUGAGUGGAGUCGCCUCGGCCACUCUCGAAGUCCUUGGCCCGCACGGGUUGCGACCAAAUUACGGCCCAAAAAAGACUGCGGCCAUCGUUGCGCUCCAUGGUCCAGGCUCCCGCGCUGCCAGGAGCACUCUUUUUGGUACUCUACGGGCCAAAUUGCCUGUCUUCCUGGAGCACUCUGGCAUGAUUCGACUUGACUUGGUUACACACUACCGUCAUCUUGGAUCGACUCUGUCUUAUAAUGGCGGAUUAACAGCAGAAAUCAAGCUCCGGCUUGCGCUGGGACGCGCUGCCUUCAAGGAGGGUCGGCAGCGUCUCUUUUCCUGCCGCCAGGAGGGAUUAUUGGGCUUUACCGCCAGCUCCUUCGUCUGCGUUCCAACGGCGGCUUUGAGGCUGCGAUUCCUGGGUCAGUUGACGCGACACGGCUCUGCGGUUCAAACCACCUCCACCUUGCGGGAUCCUGAUGGGGGGUGGGUGCAAUGCCCGGCUACUGCCGGGGUCUCUCGUACCCUACUGCCGGCUCCUACCCCAGUGAUGUGCCCUGCACUGCUGCGAGACCUUCAGGCGCUGGUUUCCGGUGAUGAUCAGGCCAUCUUUGAUGUAGUGCGUAAGCACAUCGAGCCACUGCCUGUUCUUCGGCGUACCCUGAGGCACUGGACUGCUAAUGUCCUCUCUGAGGCUCUCCGUGCUUCAGGGGAGGACGUGCUGCUUGUGCUGCAUGCAGAGCACCUUUGCUCGCAUGUCUCUGGUCACGUGGAGUCCGAGCCCUCUGUCGGCUCUUUUGUGCCGUUGAUACAUCCUGUGCCGAGGGCUCUGCCCAUCCGUGUAGCCCCUGUUAGAUGGAUCGGUCGACUUUGCCCUGCCUGGGCGGCACAAUGGGGGGUGGAAUCUUUGCCGUCUGCUCCGCUGGCCUGGCCUUUGCAGCGAUCGGCUCUUUCUUUCCCCGUUGCGGCUCUUUGCUGCUGCCCUCCGAGCCCUCCAUUCUCCUUCCUAAGUGUCACCGAUCCUGCCCCUGGUCGGCUUCGACACUUGCGUGCCAAUCGCGGCUGGUUCGUGGAUUUCCUGUCCCUCCUCGAGUUUCUGCUGCCGCUGGCCCAGGUUGGAGUUCCGGUGUUGCUUCGGGUGCCCUGUCCGUCUCAGGCUCUUGGCCCCGUUGCAGAAUGGCUGCUGCGGCAGGCAAUGCCCGCGGGCUCUUUUCCCUGUUGUUUCACUCUUGAAUUCAAUUAG